AAAUCAUUUUUUAUUGUGUUUCUUUUUUUUCGCGUAAGACAAUGUUCCAGUUAUCCUUUAUAAUUUCUCCCUCGGAAUAGAGUUAGGUUUCUAGGUAGAUAGGUAGGGCAGAAAGAGGCUCAGGUAGGACUCAGCGUCGACUGCUGGGUUUUGUGGUGGUUGAUAUCGACCCGAAUCGCGAGGGUCAGAGCUGUCAGGGGUUCGCAUGGCGCACGCCUAGACUCGAUGCUUGGAAAGAGGUGGUAGUGAGAGAGGGUGCGCAGAGUGAUAAAGAAAGAGAAAGAGAAAGAGCAAGAGAGAGGGAGAGAGAAAGAGAGAGAGAAAGAGAGAGAGUGAGUGAGUGCGAGGGUGAGAGAGAGAGAGAGAGAGAGAGAGAAAGAGUUUCCUCUAGCAGAGAGAAGAGAAGAGAAGAGAAGUCGAGGAAAAGACAGGAACGGUAGUAGCAACCUGGGCAGUUCCCCGCGCGCGCGGGUGCAGGUGCACGUCGAAAAGGAGGCCGGCCCGGUGCCGUAUGUGUGUGUCUGUGGGUGCAUGAUAAUUCAGCGUGUGUGUUACUUGAUUUUUUCGUCGAUCGGUGCGUGAGUAGUUAAUCAGAAGAACUAAAAAAAAAAGAAUAAGAAAGGAAGGAAGAUUAAAAAAAAUAGUCAAGACAGGAAUAUUAAAAGAUUCGAGUCGAGUCGAGUGAACGAAUAAGAGAAACAGAAGAAAGAGCGCGCGCGCGAGAGAGAAAGAGAGAAAGAGAGAGAGAGAGAGAGAGAGAGAGAGAAAUAGAGAGAGAAAGAGAGAGUGAGAGAGUGAGUAGGACUUGACCUCGCCCACCCUAAAUCUAAGUGAGCUAGCGAGCGAGCUUUCCCAAGGAAGAUAGCUCAAUGAAAAUCAACGAGAAGAGACCUUUAACUUACAAUAGCAACGUAUGACGGCUGGAGCCGUCGAUUACGUCCUUUUUAUUGAGAAACGAAAGGGUGAAAGGACAGAAAGGAAAGAAAGAUGCGGUGCGUCUGAUAACGUGAACGAUUCCCGGCGCCAUGUCCCAAAGACUGGAGACCUCGAACGAGGAGUCUUACCUGAACUCCGGCAGGCCGUCAAAUUUGUUGAGAACCAACUUCAAUAACGUCAAGCUCGAGCGGCUCUAUCGUGCUUCGUCCCUUCAACAGAGACGCGGUGGCCUUCAGUGCUUCCUUCUAUCAGCUGUCCUUUACGGGGCUUAUACGGUAGCCUCGCCUGAGCCGGAACUACCGGCUCGAGGACUCACCGCUGUCUUCCUCGGUCUGAACUUGGGUUUACUGGCAUGGGCGGAACACGGAACACGGGCCAGAGACGGCUUGUGGGCCGCCGUUCCCCACGUGGCAUGGUGGCUUUCUACGGGACAGUUGCUCGCUCAGCUGUUUCUCAAAUCGAGCGAGGUCACGCCCAGGGACGGACUAGGAUGGCUCCUGCUCUUCCUCUAUCUCUUAUUCGCUACUCUACCCCUUAGACUAUCUUUCUGCUUCUUGUUGGCGAUUGCUACGGCUGCGGCUUACAUGGUCACCGUCUUUAGACUCUCCAGAAUGUCGAUCAUCACGUUCAUCGACGUUCUGAUCCUGACGGUGACACUCUCGGCCGGCGUCGCUAUUUUGGGUGCUUCCAGCUACUCCCUGGCGGAGUUCCAGCAACGUCGAGCCUUUCUCGAGACAAGACAAAGCUUGGAAGUACAGUUGGUGAUCGAGGAACAAAGUGCUGAACAGGAGAGGCUACUUCUAAGUGUCCUGCCGGAACAUGUGGCCGUUAAAAUGCGACAGGAUUUGGGAGCGUGCACGGACACGCAGUUCAAGAAGAUUUACAUGUCGAGACACGAGAAUGUUUCGAUACUUUAUGCCGAUAUAGUUGGUUUUACAGCAAUAUCAUCGACCUAUAGUGCGAGCGAAUUGGUCAAAAUACUCAACGAGCUGUUUGCACGAUUCGAUCAACUCAGCGAACGGUAUGAACAGUUGCGCAUCAAAAUCCUUGGCGAUUGCUAUUAUUGCAUAAGUGGUGCACCCGUUGAGAGGCCGGACCAUGCGAUUCUUUGCGUACACAUGGGUCUCUCGAUGGUCGAGGCAAUAAAAUACGUUCAACAGACAACCAACAGUCCCGUCGACAUGAGAGUAGGCAUACAUACAGGCGCGGUCUUAGCUGGUGUUCUUGGUCAACGGCAAUGGCAAUUCGAUGUUUACAGUAAAGACGUUGAACUUGCUAAUAAAAUGGAGAGCAGCGGAAGAGCAGGGAGAGUUCAUGUUUCCAACGUGACUUUGAGUUUCCUCAACGACGAAUUUGAAAUCGAGCCGGCGUUUGGCGAGAAAAGAGAGGAAGCACUUAAAAAGGCUGGAAUCGUCACCUACUUCAUAGUCAGAGCCUUAAAACCUUUCAAACCGGCGAUAACGAAAAGUCUGGCAUCGUUGAACGAUGAAACUUCUCGAAGAACAAUGGAUAAUAGUCAGGAUAGGAGAAACAACAAAGAGGACUCCGAGGAGUUCAGACAAAGAUUGAGAAAGGAACUUGAUAGCAAAGGUGGGGGUGCCGACCUGAAGGGUCACGCAUCGUGGUUGACGUUGCGUUUCAAGGAUCCAGUUAUGGAAAGGGCCUUUCACAGGGCCGAGGAAGCCUUCUCACCUUUAUCUUUGUUAGGUGGACCUUUGGUAGUAAUGUGUGCAUCACCGGUAUGGAGAUUACAACCAUGGGGACCUUUCACUUGGGGUGGUGUAGGCGUGGUUACACUCUUUGGAGUCGUUCUAGCAGGUGCCACAUGUCUUGGAAGUGCAGUAAGAGCGACAUGGUUAAGGAGAACCCUUGCGUUGCUAAUGAUAUUCUCUCUCAUCGAUUUCUUAAUUCUCGACAUGGGUAACUGUGCGGUCAUCGAAGACGUUGAACCAAAAGGAAACAAUUCGAACUGGCCGCGUUGUCCUUAUCCUUCCUAUUAUUCUUACAUUGGUGUGCUUGCUCUGGUAGCGAUCUCUAUGCCAACCUAUAUUUGUUAUCUUGGAAAGGCAUCGCUGAUGUAUCUUCUGGCCAGUUUACAAUGCUGUAUCAAUAUAGUUUUCAUCGCACCUAGCCUGGAAAGAGAGGAUAUGGUAGCGUCACCACCUGGUCCAGUCUCUUUUCCUUUAAAAUAUUCUUUGUCGGCUACACUGCUUACCAUCGCUACUGCUUUGGUCAUCGUAGCUAGAUACACCGAGAAAGCGAGGAGAAUGCUGUAUCUUCGUGGUCUAGAGGUAGAAGCUCAGAGAGAAAGAGCCGCCGAUAUGAAACGAAGAAAUGGCGCGUUAAUAUACAAUAUUUUACCGCCUCACGUGGCAACCUAUUUUCUCUCAAGGGCGAGGCAUCACGAUGAUCUCUACAGUCAAAGUUACGCCGAAGUUGGUGUAUUAUUCGCUAGUAUGCCAAACUUUGCCGAUUUUUACAGUGAGGAAAGUAUCAAUAAUCAAGGACUCGAGUGUUUAAGGUUCCUCAACGAAGUGAUCUCCGACUUUGAUGCUAUCUUGGAUCAUAAUAAAUUCAAGGACAUCAUUAAGAUUAAAACAAUAGGCUCAACCUAUAUGGCUGCCUCGGGUAUAACAGAAUCUAUAAAGGCCGAAGAUAGUCCAAGAUGGGCUCACCUUUCAAUCCUCGUAGAAUUUGCUUUGGAAUUAAAGAAGGCUCUUUCGAGUAUCAACGAACAGAGCUUCAAUCAUUUCGUCCUAAAAAUGGGUAUCAAUCAUGGCCCGGUAACUGCCGGUGUUAUUGGUGCUCGAAAGCCUCAUUACGAUAUUUGGGGUAACACGGUAAACGUUGCUUCGCGAAUGGAAAGUACAGGAAAGGUUGGAUGUAUUCAGGUUACAGACGAGACUCGAAUGAUUUUGGAACCGUUUGGAUUCGGUUUCGAACAACGUGGCCUCGUCUUCGUCAAAGGAAAGGGUCAACUGCUCACGCACUAUUUGGUAUCUAAAGAUGGAGUAUCCCUCGAACUCGAUAGCGACCUUCCUGUCGAGCCAACUCAUCCGAUUAUUUAUCAGUAACGAAAUUGGAGGCACUAAUGUCGUCAAAAAUUGAUCGUUCGUUGAUCGUUCAUCGAUUGUUCCGAGAAAAACAAAGUUACAGGGAUAGUGCAUAUCUGUUCCUUUCUCUUUUUCUCUUUUCUAUAUUCUCUCUCUCUCUCUCUCUCUCUCUCUCUCUUUCUCUCUUCUACUUGUCUCUCUCGCUCUUUUUAAUUCAUUCUAGUCUUUCAUUAGAACUUGUAAUUCGUAUUCGUGUUCAUAAAUAAUUACGGUUUAAAAUACUUAAACAAAAGGGUAAAAAAUCCCAAUAUAAAAUAAUGUCAUUAUUUAAAGAGACCGUAAACUCGAGCUUCCUCUAGCCGAUGUAAUUUAUUUUUUUACACCCCAAAUCGUCGAGUUUAUCAUAGCACAAAAUGACACGAGUACGUGCAACGCACAGAGUAUUACAUUAAGGAGAAAAAAUAGAAACAGAGAGACGGAGGGAGGGAGGGAGAAGGAGGAAGGGAGGGAGAGAGACAGAGAUACACAGAAGGGAGAAGAGAUAGGAGAAGGUGAGAGGGAGAGGGUCGGAGAGUGAACAGAGAAAAAGAGUGGGCGGAGGUGGGUGAUUAAAGGACAAAAGCAGGUAAUAGAAAGUUUGCAGGAAAGAAAGGAACGGUAAAGUACGGCCUAAGCGUGAACGAAGCGAAUAAUUAAAAAAAGAAAAAAGAAAAAAUAGAAUGAUACAUGAAGAAAGAAAAAUGUUAAAAAAAGAAAAAAAAAGAGAGAAAAAAAAGAAAAAGAAAAAAAAAGAGGUGGUCGAGAUCUCCAGUAGAAAAAUAACCUAAAUUCCUGAUUUAUAUGAAUCGACUUCCUUCGAACGAAUCCACGAUUUUUCUGAAUAGAACAUCGUGACUCUUUUGCUGCUACUACGCUGACGAUAAAAAUUAUUCUCUAAAUACAUUGUAUUGUUUAAACGAUCGAAACAAUAAUAGGAAAGAAAAAAUAAAAAAAAAGCGAAAAACAAAAAAAAACCAUAAAAGUAUAAUAAAAAAAGGAAAGAUUAAGAAGAAUUGGUCAUAUGAAAAUUGAUUGAUUGACUUCGACGCUUCUCGUUGAGGUCAUGCACGAUGAGAAAAUGAAAAAAAUACAUACAUACUUCCACGUUCUUUCACUGAUCGCUCUCUUGUAAGCAGUCAAUGACGUACAUACAUACAUACAUACAUACAUACAUACAUAGGUACAUACAAAAUAUACACGUACAUACAAACAAGAUGCGCUUAUAUCGCGCAUAAUGCGUCUGUACAAAAAAAGGAGAAAAAAAAUAAAAAAACAAAAAAAAAGAAGAAACAAAUGGACAUGUAGGACAACACAAACACGUACACGUAAACGUACAUAUACAUAUACACAGUACACACAUACGUAUUUCAUGGAAACGUAAUCGCGCGUGAAAGAUACUUAUGCAGGAUUUCUGUAAAGUAGCAAUAAAUGGAAUUUCGUGUAAAUAAUCGAUUUAUCGAUCGAUAUAGGUCGGCGAUUGAGAUGGUGUUCGGAAUAUAAGUACAUACUAGAUGUCUUUCGAUUUCGAAGGGAAGAAUGUAAUGAGAAAAAAAAGAAAAAGAGUAAAAAAAAGAAAAAAAAAGAGGGAGAAAAUCUAAGAGCGAGACAAAUUGUAUGUAUAAUCAUGUACGAUCAAUAAAAUCACUGUAGAUAUAUUAGCACCUUUA